UGUACGUACAAUCAUUAACUGUGUCAUCGGUAUACUAGUAUAUAGUGGGUGUGUUUCGCGUCUGUAUUCUGUCCGAAUUGAAGCAACAGUGGGAUAAACUGCAUUAUUUCAUUUUUGAAAGCAGUGUUGGUGAGCAGCAAUCAUGGGUGCGAGCGUCACACGCGAUGAGUUUGAAUGGGUUUACACUGAACAGCCACAUGCAGUCAGACGGCGGGAGAUGCUAGCAAAAUAUCCUCAGAUAAAGAAGUUAAUGGGACAUGAUACUGCCAUUGUCAAGUACGUGUUCCUCGUGGUUGCUCUUCAGAUCUUUGCAUGUUGGUUACUUCAAUCUGCAUCAUGGGGAACAAUAAUCAUCAUUGCGUAUGUCUUUGGAGGAACAAUGAAUAAAUGCAUGCAAGCAGCAAUGCAUGAAAUCUCACACAAUCUUGCUUUUGGUCACAGUCGGCCUAUGUGGAACCGCCAUCUUGGAAUAAUCAGUAACCUUCCUCUCGGGGUUCCGGCGUUCAUAUCUUUCAAGAAGUAUCACACAGAACAUCAUCGGUAUCUAGCGAUGGACGAGCUAGAUCCGGACAUUCCAUCUGAGUUGGAAUGUAAACUUUUCCGCAACACUUUCACCAAAAUUAUCUUUGUACUCCUGCUGCCAUUUACAUAUUCCCUUCGGCCGUUUAUCCGAAGACCCCGGCCAAUUUCAAUAUAUGAGAUCUACAAUGCUGUUGCAGCCAUCUCUUGUGAUGCUUUGCUGUAUUACAUGUGGGGAUUUAAACCAGUUGCGUACCUUGUCAUCAGUACGAUUCUUGGUGGUGGAAUCCACCCACUUGGAGCGCAUGCUAUUGCUGAACAUUAUCUCUUCCAGAAGGGGUUCGAAACGUACUCCUAUUACGGCCCUUUGAACAUGUUAACUUUCAAUCUGGGAUAUCACUGGGAACAUCAUGACUUUCCAAACAUACCAUAUACUAGAUUACCACAGCUGCAGAAAAUAGCCCCGGAGUACUAUGUAAAUCAGCCAAAAGUCUCCUCCUGGCCGGGAACAAUAUGGAAAUUCAUAUUCGAUCCAGAGCUUGGUCCCUAUGCACGGAUAAAAAGACCUCGUGGAAAUGUCAAUCCUGAUAAAUAUAGAGACGAUUAGUUUAGAGCGUCAUAAAUGUACCAAAAUAAAAAGUAUUGUAAUGAUAUACCAGCAACACAUUGAGAUGGUGAAUCACUCAGUUAAAAUUAUCUAUGUAUGAUAGUGUUUUCAAAAUUUAAUUCUGGUAAAAAUAUCUAUGCGUUAUAUAUUACAGUUAUUGUCAUGUUAUUUGACAGUAACAUCGGAUGAAAUAAAUAGUAUUUAAUGUUGUAAAUUGUACUAGAUAUUUGGAUACAACA